AGCCCGCCCCGGACCCCCCUCGGCGCCCCGGAGCCCCCCGGAGCCCCGGCCCGACGCUCCGCAUCCUCGCAGCAGCUGAUGGCGCCGCAGCCGGAGCGGGUGCUGCGGAACCCCGGGCGCAGCUAGCGCGGGGAAGAAGAGCGCCUUCCCCCACCCAGCCUGGCCCGGACCCAGGGCCCCGCUGGCCCGUCGCUCCCUCAGGUCCCGAAGGUGAGGCCCAGGCCUCGGUUGCCAUGGAUACCAUGUCCCUGGAGCAUCAGAUCCAGAGUGUGCAACGCCACAUCAGCUUCCUGAAAAAGGAGCAGAUGGCCCUGCUGCGAGACCUGCACCUGGAAAUCCUGAGGCUGCAGAAACGCUGUUCAGAACUGACUCGUGACCUGGAGAUGAGAGAGGCCCAGUCUCAUCAGCAAGAGGCGGCGAACCGGGAGCUAGAGAGCAAGUGCCGCGCGCUCGAGUCGCAGCUGGCCGCGCGGACGGCCGCCAACGCCGAGCUGCGGCGGGAGGUGGCGCAGCGCGAGGCGCUGGUGUCGGCGCUUCGCUGCAGCCUGCGCGCGGAGGAGCGCCGCUUCCUGGAGGAGCUGCGGCGCCGCAGCCACCGCGCCACCGUGCUGGGCACCGAGCUGCAGAAGCACACCGAGGCGGCCGCCUACCUCUCCUGCCAGCUGCACGCGGCGCGCCAGAGACUGCAGGCGCCGCGCCCGGGCCCCGCCGCCGCCGCGGCCCCCGAGCCCCGGCCCCGCCGCCGCGCACAGCGGGCCCGCCGCCCGCCCGCCGCCGAGGCCGCCGCCAAGGGCCCGGGCCGGGACUGGGCCGCCUGGGACCGCGCGGCCCGCGCCCUGGACGACGCCGAUCCCAUGCCCGACCCCGCGCUCUUCCUCCACGCCCGGAGGCCCCCGCGGCCCAGCGGCCGCAGCCCGCGCCAGCCACCGCCCCGGGAGCCCCCCGACCAGGCCGGCCCGCCCAGCCCGCCCAGCCCGCCCAGCGCUCCCGGGGAGCCGGAGUAG